AUGGUGACGUACUACGAUGACACGAGGAAAGCACAGAAGGAUUGGAAGAGCGUCGAUACUUUCGGUUCCGAAACCGCGGGUGAAGCGAUCGUUAUCAAUGAUGUAGCACAACCAGCAUCAUUAUUCAAACGACCUGACCCACAGUCGGGUCGUUAUAGAGAUAUAUAUUUGGGUGCGAAUGUUUUUAUAAACAUCGGGAUCUUCACAACCCUCCAGAAAAAAACGGCUUCGUGGAAUAAUUGCCAUGAACGGCUGUCAGAAAUGUCUGACCUUGAAAGCGAUGCGGUACCAGACUCUUUCUGUGGAACUGAAGACAGUGGAUAUGAACCUAUGGUAGCUAACAGCUCAACAGUUUGCCAAGAUACAGAAAAAUGUGAUCUGACCGACUCCAAUGAUGUUGUGAUUUUAUAUCAUAAGAGUUGUCGAGAUAAGGCAAUCACUCUUCAAACCAGAUUGGAGGCAAUCCGUCAGUUUACAGUCACGCUUGGGGAAGAAUAUGGAAGAGGUGGCCAAAAUGAAGUUGAAAUUCUUGAUGAUUUGGUUGACCAUAUUGGCUGCAUAUUGUUGCUCUUGGAAGAAAAUUAUGUCGUAGACCCGGUGUGUUAUUUUGCUGCUGAAGUAUCUCUUUACUGUUCAAUUACAAGUUUUACAAAGAACAAGUUUGUUAUACCCGUGUUCUUGGAAGAUAAAUACAAAAUACGUGGUUUAAAACCUACAAUGAGAGCCAUGAGGGGAAUCGAUUAUCACGAUGAACAAUGGGAUUCCACAACUGAAUCAAACUUUACAAGACAGAUACGCAUGUGCUUACAAAAUCCAAGGCAUUUGGAAGAGAAAUUCCAGGGAAUGCAGCUUACCGAGACUCCGAGAGUUCAAGAAAGAAUUUAAGUGUAUAUUCCCAGCACAUUUAUAAAACAGUUUUUAGGUUCCUAAGGCCAAAAACAUACUGGAACUGGUUCUGGGCUGAGCACUGGCCCAAAAUGUCCUUGGGACAUCUUCUUGGGCCAAGAGACGCCAUAUGCUUUGUUACAUUUGCUUAAAGCGUUCAAAUUUGUUUUUGUUUAACGACACCUCUAGACCACAUUAAUUAAUUAAUCAUCGGCUAUUGGAUGUCAAACAAUUGGUAAUUCUGAUAUGAAGUCCUGAGAGGAAACCUGUCACAAAUUUCUGUUAGCAGCUGCACCAUGGAUGGAUGGGUGGAUGGAUAGAUGGAUGGAUGCAUGUUUGUGUUUGUUCAUGGGUGCCUCUAUGUGUAUCUAGUUAUGUAAAUAUGUUUUCUGAUGAUAACUAGUUUAACGUGCCCAUAUACCACUAGGGUUUCGAACACGCCAAUCCCGAGUCCGACCUCCUAUAAGAUCGGUGGCCUGACUCGGGAUGGAGGGGGG